AUGCGUGCUCUCGUCAGACCCUUUGCGACGCACAAUGUCUUCUUCCCUAUCGAGUCGAUCGUUUUCUUUUUCGUAGUGGGUAUGCUUGCCUACUUCCACAUCCUCAAUGGCAUCAAACACUCGUCAUUCUUUGCCCCGUCCUAUCCAACCACCCUGAGGCCUGCGCACGCGCGCCUUCGCAACGGUGAGUGGAUUGGCGUCGGCAAGCGCGAAUGGGUGGAUGCGUGGAAGCACCCUGAAGACGGCGUGAAGUCUACGGAGUUGCAGCAAAUUGUGUUCAAACUCGACGACAAGAGAAACCAGGUUGUACCCGAGCUUGGUUCCAAGCCAUCUAUUCUGUCCCAAAUCACCGAGCACCUUCCUCAGCAGUUGAGAGGUCUUUCGGGCGAGCCCUAUUCGUCCGUCUGCCAUCAUCCGUCAAACAUUACCUCGGCUCCGUGCUUUUUUUCGGCUUCAUCUGAUUCUACUUCGUCCAUCCUUACUCUGUCCUUUGCACCCGGUGCGCGCGAUGAUUGGCUUGCUGCCCUUCGGGAAAUCAAGUCGAUUACGGUCGAUGGCGUAGAGUUUGAUCUUCGGGGGGCCAAACGCGAAGAGACAAUUGGCGAGAUGAAAAGCAGCAAGUGGGUUGCAUAUGCUCUGCGUGCAACGUUUGUGCGCUUCUGGGAACUCACUAAGAAAGCGGAUUCAUUGGACAUAAUCGUUGUCCUGCUAGGCUAUAUCUUGAUGCAUGUUACAUUUUUACGGCUGUGGCUUUCCUCGCGCGCCUUGGGCUCCAAUUUCUGGCUCUCGACAGGCAUCUUUGCAUCUGCGGUGACAAGCUUCGUAUUCACUCUCCCGCUCUGCCGAUACCUGAACAUCCCGCUCGAUCCUAUUGCGUUGACAGAGGCGCUCCCGUUCUUAGUCUGUACAGUUGGCUUCGAUAAGCCUCUUCGCCUCGCGCGCGCUGUGCUCGCUCAUCCCCAGACUCUCAAGCCCCAGGAAGAUGGCCGCAUGAAGACGGCAGGUGACAUUGUUCUUGAUGCCUUGGAUCGGGUUGGCAAUGUUAUUCUUCGGGAUUAUGCGCUCGAGAUUGUUGUGCUGCUCGUUGGUGUCAACAGUGGUGUCGGAGGAUUAAAGGAAUUCUGCUCUGUAGCAGCCGUUGCUCUCGCGGUUGACUGUCUAAUGCUGAACACAUUCUAUGCGUCCAUUCUCACAAUUAUGGUUGAGGUUCGCCGUGUCAAGCUUGUCCGUGAAAUGUCUCGCUCUCGCCCCUCUGGUUCUUCGAUUACUUCCAGCAAUGUCGUACGUUCUGCGCUGACGAAGACAGGGCCCAAGCCCACGCCAGUGGCUAAAACUACUAGGGAGCGAGUGUCAGCGGCUGUUCUUGGUGUCAAGGGCUCUCUUCUCCCUGACACUCCGGAAUCCAAGGCUCUACCGGCAGAGGAGAACCCCAUGUAUCGGCUGAAGUUGCUUUUGAUUGCAUCCUUUUUAACCAUGCACAUCUUAAACUUCUGCACCACUCUCACUCCAGCCACAGCCCUCGCUCGUCAUAACAGACACUCUGUUCGUUCGGCUGCAGAUGCCGUCCCACCGGCUCCUCUGGUUGAUAUCACCAGUCCCGCCAUCUCUCAUGUCUUGGCCACUCUGGUUGCAGCUGAGAAGGCUGGAAAUAUUCAUGGCGAGUCUGAGCCUGAAGUUAUCGUCAAGGUCGUACCGCCCAUCUACCUCCUGGUUCUCCCUGUUGCGUCAUCCAGCACCAAAACCGAGGCGAUCGAGAAUUUUAUGACGAGCUGGUCUGACGUCGUUGGCGACCCCGUUCUCUCUAAGUGGAUUGUCGUUCUUCUUUCAAUUAGCGUUGCGCUGAACGGAUACUUGCUGAGGGGUAUUGCUGCGGGAUCUGGAUUGGCGGCGAUGAAGGCGGUCAGGGACAAGGGUGUGCGGUUCCGCUCGCGAGUGCGCUCGAGGGUUAGACCAGAGAAAGAAGUGGAAGUGGAAGAAACCUUGCAUGUGCCAGUCGCUCCCGUUGUCACCAUGCCUUCCGUUGUGCCGCCCGUAACUGCGGUUCCCGUCAAACUGCCCGAGCCUCGUCCGGUUGUUAGCGCACCCCUGAACCUGGAGAGCGUGGACAUGAAGUUGAGACAGGCUGCUGUCCGCUCGUUACCUACCCCUGGCGAAUCGUCGUCCAACAGUGACUCGGAGGGUGGCGAUGUGAAGGAGUCCCACCCAGUCAGUAUGCGUUCCCUAGAGGAGUGCAUUGACAUCUUUGAGAAUGGUCCUCGGCCUGUGUCCGUUUCGCUGUCGAUGCUUAAGGAUGAAGAGGUGGUGCUUCUUGCGCAGAACGGCAAGAUUGCUCCUUACGCUUUGGAGAAGAUGCUUGGUGACUUGGAAAGGGCUGUUCUCGUUCGUCGGGCUUUAAUUUCUCGUGCUUCCAAAACCAAGACGCUGGAGGCUUCUGAUGUACCCAUGACUAACUACGAUUAUUCUCGCGUGAUGGGUGCAUGCUGUGAGAACGUCAUUGGUUACAUGCCGAUUCCUCUCGGUAUCGCGGGUCCACUGAAGGUCGACGGCGAGCUGUAUCCUAUUCCUAUGGCCACCGCCGAAGGUACUCUGGUCGCGUCAACCUCGCGUGGAUGCAAGGCUCUUAAUGCUGGUGGAGGUGUCACCACCGUGCUGACCUAUGACGGUAUGACUCGCGGUCCUGCAAUCGACUUCCCCUCUAUCGUUGUCGCUGCCCGAGCCAAGGCCUGGGUCGAGUCAUCGGAAGGAUAUGCCAUUGUGAAGGAAGCGUUCGAGUCGACGUCGCGGUUCGCGAAAUUGCAAAAUAUCAAGUGCGCCAUGGCCGGCCGUACGUUGUUUGUACGCUUCGCCACGCGCACCGGUGAUGCGAUGGGUAUGAACAUGAUCUCCAAGGCUACUGAGAAGGCGCUCGACACGAUGGCGAAGGAGUUCCCUGAGAUGGUCGUUCUUGCACUCUCGGGCAACUAUUGUACGGACAAGAAGCCUGCUGCAAUUAACUGGAUCGAGGGUCGUGGCAAGAGUAUCGUCGCAGAGGCCGUCAUUCCUGGCAAGAUUGUGAAGGCUGUACUGAAGACCACGAUUGAGGCUCUGUGCAACCUCAACACGAAGAAGAAUCUUGUGGGUAGUGCUAUGGCUGGCUCGAUCGGAGGGUUCAAUGCCCAUGCUGCCAACAUCUUGACUGCGGUCUUCUUGGCGACUGGUCAGGAUCCCGCGCAAAACGUGGAAAGCUCUCAGUGCAUGACUCUGAUGGAGCCAACCAACAAUGGGGAAGAUUUGCUUAUGACAGUGACGAUGCCCUGCAUCGAGGUCGGUACAAUUGGAGGUGGUACUGUACUUGCGCCACAGCAGGCCGUAUUGGAGAUGCUCGGUGUCAAGGGUUCCCACCCAACCAACCCCGGUGAAAAUGCUCAGCGUCUCGCGCGCAUUAUCGCCUCAGCCGUUAUGGCAGGUGAACUUUCUCUCAUCAGCGCCCUUGCUGCUGGGCAUCUCGUUCGGGCACACAUGGCUCAUAACCGUUCGCAAGCGAACACUCAGGUUAACACACCUAUUACUUCACGCCCGGUGACGCCUGCUAUUCCUUCGCCUGCCGGAGGCGUCUUCUGGUCCACUGGUGUGAAGGGUACGAUUACUCCACUGACUACCGGAUCGAACACACCUGCUCCAUACUUGAUGGAUACUAAGUCAUAA